AUGUCUCUCACUGCUGCCGAAGUCGUUGAACAUCCGGCUUUCAAUACUGUCAUCUGGGAUCUCAAGCCAACGGAGAAGGGAAGAUGUGCUGUUGCGCACGGGAGAGGGGGUCCCGUCGAUAUCGCAUAUGAGAUCCAUGGCGCUGGGCCUGUAAAGCUAGUAUGGAUCAUGGGUCUUGGCGCCUUCAAAUGGUACUGGCAACGGCAGACCAUAGAUUUCGGUCAUGACCAGCCUUCCAAGUACUCAUGUCUCAUUUUCGAUAACCGCGGUAUGGGCGAAAGUGACAAGCCGGUCAUGCGGUAUUCGACGUCCGAGAUGGCCAAGGAUACCUUUGACCUGCUCGAUCACCUUGGCUGGAUUGGCGAAAGAUCCGUCCACGUCAUCGGUAUCAGCAUGGGCGGUAUGAUAGCCCAGGAGAUGGCAUGUCUGGACCCUCGAAGAAUGGCCAGUCUUUCACUGGUAUCAACAGCAGCGCAACUUAAGAAUACCAUUGGCUACUUCGAAAACCUACGGGAUCGCAUCAACAUCUUCAUCCCCAAGUCUCUCGACAAGCAAAUCGCAGAGGUCAAGACGCGUGUCAGUGAUUCAUGGCUUUCGCAGCCGGACCAAGACGGCGAUUAUCCAACCAACGGCGACCGGUUCGCGGCUCAGGAACUCACGAAGCGCCAAGACACCGAAGGCUUCACGCGCAAGGGCUUCAUCUGCCAAGCUUUGGCCGCAGGAUGGCACAAGAAGAGUCCGGAGCAGCUGACGGAGAUUGCGGAGAAGGUGGGCAGGGAGAGGAUUCUCGUGAUACACGGCACCACGGACAAUCUGAUCACGGUCCCGCACGGGGAGAUUCUGGCGAAGGAAUUGGGAGGAGAGGAGAUGGGUGUGACGAAGAGGAUCUUUGAGGGCAGGGGACAUUAUUUGCCUCUGGAGGAGAGGGCGGAGUUCAAGAAGUUGAUCGAAGGGAUCGUGGAGAAAGCAGAGGCGAUGCGGUAA